AUGUCUGUGUUGCGUCAAGCCGGGUUGGCAUCUUUGGUGUGCCUCCUCUGUAUGAACGUGGGAUUCAUGUAUUCCUGGCCCUCUUCAACCCUUCGACUGUUCUCCUCAACCAAUACUACACUUAACCGACCUAUGACGGACACCGAGCAGGCAUUGUUUGGUAGUCUGUCAUCUAUAGCAGCAUUGAUAAGUACCCCUUUCGCUGGUUUCCUAUUGGACAGACUGGGGAGGAAGUAUUCUUGUGUUUUGUUCUCGAUGCCGCAAGUUAUCGCGUGGGUAAUCGUAUCAACAUGUUAUAAGGUGGAAGGUAUUUUAGCCGCUGUUUUCAUAUCAGGCUUAGGAGGCUGUAUUUUUAUCGUCGCCCCAGUAUUUAUAUGCGAAUUCUGUCAAGAAACAAUCCGAGGAAUGAUGACUACUGGGGUCAUAGUGUACUAUGGUAUUGGAAUGUUACUGUCAUACCUUUUGGGAGGAUCUUUGGAAUAUCGUUUCAUGAACUAUGCCUGUUUAAGUCUAACUGCUGUUGGGUGUGUUUUAACCAGCUUUUUGAAGGAAUCACCCAUUAUUUUGAUGAGGAGAGGAUUGGAGAAGGAAGCGGCAGAAUCUAUUUCUUAUUACCGAGGCGUGAAAGUCAAUUCUAAAGAGGUUAUGCAAGAGAUUGACACAAUACGCAGAACUUUAAAUCCAGAUUUCGAGCAAGUUUAUGCGACGACUGACGAGGAUAAUAUCUUAAAAGUGCCAGUGAAACCAGAAAAACUACACUUUUGGCAGUUUCUUAAAAAAUCUCAGUCAACUCGACGUGCUCUGUUACUAUGUAUCGUCUUGUACACGGCUGCCAUAUUCCAAGGAUUAGUCGUGGUCCAGGUGUACGCGCAGCCGCUAUUUGAAGAAGCUGUGCCCAAUGUGUCCACAACCAUAUCGAGCGUUAUAUUCGCGAUUGUGCUGAUCAUUUCUGGGUGUAUCGCAGCCUUUUUCAUUGAUAAGGCUGGGAGGCGGCCUCUUAUAAUCUACUCAUCAAUAAUAACCGGUAUCUGCUGCGCGGUACUAGGAACGCAGAUCCAAUACCACUGGGGACCGCACUGGGUAUCUGCUAUCCUGCUCUAUUCGUAUUGCAUCGCUUACUCCCUUGGCGCUGGCACGGUGCCCUUCGUCAUUGUUGCGGAGGUCUUCUUACCGGAGAUAAAAAGCAUCGUGUCUAUGAUCUCAGUGGAAUGGGCGUGGACUUGUAACUUCAUUAUACUCUUUUUGUUCAACCCUCUGGUGACAACUCUUGGUCUUGGACCCAUCUUCUAUAUAUUUGCUGUGGUCUGCUUCUUAACAGCUGUUUUUUGUACGUUCUGUUUGCCUGAAACUAAAGGACUGACUGUAGAUAUAAUACAGACUUUAUUUGUUAAGAAAGUAAACACAGCUAAUGCGUAGCUUUUUUUCAAUAUCUUAUAAUAUUGACAAAAUUACCUAGCUAAUAUGGUAUGAAGACUACUUAAUAUUUUAUUUCAAUUUUAUAUCUAGUGUGUUAAAAAACUAACCUAUAUUUAAAUUCCAUUCACUCUCACACAAGUUCUACUAAGAGUGAAAGAGAUAAAAACAAUAGGAU